CUCACAAGCUUAUAACUUCGUCUGCACACCUUCUGCGUGCGGCGAUAUUCCCCACAUCAAAUACCCUUACCACCUCAAGGGCGACCCCAACCACUGUGGCUAUCCCGAGCUUGAAUUAGUAUGCGAAAACGUCACCUCCAUCUACCUAAAUUCCCACCAAUACUAUACCAAAGCAAUCAGCUACAACACCUCCACCAUAAGGCUGGUUGAUGCUUCCCUCAACAGCCAAGACAACUGCUCUUUCCCAACCUCUUCUGCAUAUUCCUACAACUUCACCUAUGGUGACCCUUGUCUCUUUCUAACAAAGGAAAUCUACCCAAUUAAUCUGAUGAGGUGCCCAACUCCAUUGAAGAACUCCUCCCUCUUUACGUAUGUUACUACUCAUUGUGCUUCCCUUCCCAGUUCCCAAUUAUACUUAUAUCAAGGUAGGACACUUGAAUGCCUAUGAGAUACCACACUUGUGCACACUUGAUCUUAUAGUCAUGACUUCAUGGCAAGAAUUUAAGGACUUGAACUCAUCAUCAUAUGUUUCACUUUCUCAAAUCCACCAAUCUCUCUUGUAUGGAUUUGAACUUGAAAUCUGCCUCUGGUGCAAAACAUCCUUGUUGUGGGCUGUGCUCUCAACUCUUGUGGUGAUUUUAGGUCUGUUAUGUGCAGGGAUAUGUGCAUGUCUCCCUUUUACGUUGUUUGUGUUCGUUUCCCUGUCAAUAUUCUUAUAUAGUACUUCGUUUGGACCAGCAAUUGAAGAUAUAGACAGAUAUGCUGGAUUUAACAUUGGACUAGUCCUAGGCUUCUACUCUGUAACAAAAUUCAUCAUUUCUCCUUUAACUUUAUGGUUUUUGAUCUACAAAUUUCGGAGAAGGCAUUUUUCUGUGUACGAGGAAAUAGAAGACUUCUUGCAAAGCAAUAACGAACUCACGCCAAUUAGGUAUUCCUAUUCGGAGAUUAAAAGGAUGACCAGGGGUUUUUGAG